CUUCCUGUUGUGAAAAAACACUGUAAGAUCUUCAGGAGGUAAACAGCACUUCUUCUGUGUCAGUUUGUAUUUAAUUUGAAGUCAUGACAGUUACACCAGUCCGUAAUCUAAGGAGGAUAUUACCUAAGACAUAUGAUCACAGGAGAAAGGUGCUGUCAGAGAUCUCUACGGUUUUGUCUCAUCAUCAGUAUCUUGAGCCAGUGCUGGAGAGAUUUGUCUUUAAUGAUGGCACAGCGAAGACCUUGAUCAGUUUGACUGGAACUGUUGAGAUGUUUUAUAAAGGGAAACGGUACAAUAUUCCAGUGAGUUUGUGGCUAAAGGAAAGUUAUCCACACACUGCCCCCAUCUGCUAUCUGAAACCCACCCCUGAGAUGGUUAUUGUGACUAGCAGACACGUCAGCAGCAAUGGAGAGAUCCUGUUGCCUUACCUGGAUGAGUGGAAACAUAAGCAGUGUGACUUGCACAGCUUGAUUCAGGUUAUGAUGACUGUGUUUAGUGAGGUCCCUCCUCUGCGUAUGUGUCUUGACCCAGAAGAUUUAAGCUCUGCUCACACAGUACACUCACUUGAGGAAUUGUCACAUGUGACGCUGGACAGAGAGGAUGAUCUUCCUUUCUCAGAACAUAAUGAAACUGUCUGUUAGCUUGCUAAAUGUCUUUGCAAUAUGAUUUGUAUAUUUAAUUAUUAAUUAAUUUUUUUUGUAUAAAAAUAAUAAUAAUGAAUGUUCAAUUUGAGCUGUAUGAAUGUAAAUGUCAAAUGUCAUGUAAAUUUUAUGUAAAUACAUAAGUCACAUGUUUAUGAUGCAAUGUUUUCCUAGUGAUUUAUGCUCAUUGAAUCUAUAUUAAGUUAUAUGUAUUAUAUCAAAAUAUGUACUAAAUAAUAAGUAGGGUAUUAUAAAUAUACACUACAUUUUCACUCACAUUUUAUGAACAUGCAUUUAUGUAAUAAACUGAAAUGCAUUGCAUUAAUCUAAAAGUAGUUUAAAUGAAUCAAGUAUUGAAUUGUCUAUGGAGGUUUAAACGGCAGUGGAGUUUAAAAAAUGUGAACCAA